AAAAAACUUUACAACAAAUUGGGAUAAAUAUGUUUUAACCUUUUGCUUUUACAAAAUAUACUUCAGUUGUGGAAUAUUCUUAAGUAUAUAUCCACCGACUUUAGUGGAUAUGAAAUUUAUAUUUAACGUACCCAUGUCAUAUAUAUUAUACUCGUUAACGUUGACAGCACUUGGAAAUAUGGCGGGUGCUUUCAGUGGAUUCCUAUACAAAUACAUCAACAGACAACUGACCCUCACUAUAAUGACCUUUCAAUUGACUAUAUUUGGUGGUUUAGCACCAUUUUGUCCCAAUAUAUGGCUCCUGUAUCUCAGUGUAUUCCUAUCCAUAAUGGGCGGCGGGGUAUUUGAUAGCAGUGUUUACGUUUGGGUGAUUGAGAUGUGGGGCAAACAUAGCCCACCAAUACUACAACUAUCGGGCCUUUUGUUCGGAUUGGGAUCCAUUUGUGGACCAAUUUUAGUCAAACCAUAUUUAACGGGAGAUCUGAAUAUUACCGACACUUUACCUCAAUUAUCCAAUUAUACCAAUAAUACCAAUAAUAUUCACAAUUUAACUCAUUAUGAAGACAUCAAUAACUCAGUCGAUAGACGCGCUAAACUUCAAACCCCUUUCAUGAUUGCCGGUUGUGUUGGUUUGAUAGGACCCGUCAUAAUGUUAAUCAUAUCUCCCGUUAAAUAUGGUUUAACCAAAAUUGGACCACAAAUAGAUCCCAAUCCAUACAAAAGUCCCGAUAACUGUAGUAUUGGUGGGUUAUGUUUGCCCCACAUCUCAAUGAUCCAAACGGCAACACUGCUGUCAAAUACCCCGCCGCCCAUCAUGCAUAGGAAUACACUGAGAUACAGGAGCCAUAAAUUUGGACAAAAUGUUUCUAAAUACUUACUGAGGGAACCCACUAUAUAUCCAAGUGCUAUUAACGUUAACGAAUACGAUAUAUAUGACAUGGUCGGUGGAUAUAUACCUAAGAGUAUUCCCUAA